AUGCCAUUUGUGAUGGUAAUUGGUGCUGUUGGCUAUUUCAUUGAGCAAAAAUUUUCAAAUCCUAUAGAAAUUCCGUAUUUGGAUGAAUCAGUUAAAGAGGGGCGCGAAGAGCGACAAAUAGAAAUUGAAUUGACCUCUGAAUAUGGUUCUCCAGAAGGAAUUAAUGAAAUUAAAAGUAAAAUAGUUCCGAAAUCAAGUUUAUUGUUGAAUAAAGGUCGAAAAGGUUUAAUUGAUAAUGAAAGUAAUUCGUAG